UCCUGUUUGUACUAAUUUAAAAGUUCUGGUGGCCAAACAAAACAAUGUUAAGUUUGGAAAACCAAGCGACGACCUUUGUCCCUUCGUGGAGUUACUGGAUAACUAUAUGGAUAUAAUGUGACCAAUCAGCGACUAGGCCUAGGCCGUCCGUGGUUUUGGGGCAGGCCCAUGACCAUAUUUGGCUUUGUUUUGAUGGGCAACUGACAGGAUGUCAACAAAACCCUUGUCAGAACGAAAAUUUUUGUGUAUUGUCACCGACCCAAGUAUAACGAAACGUUAUAAGUAGAAAUCUUAAACUUUUUAUUGAAAUAUCUUAGCAUAGUGAAACCUAAUUUAUUCUAGAAGACAACUGUAUAAUUUAAGAGGAAAGCAAAGAUAUAUUUUGACGAGAAACAGAGCUUAUCGACAACAGACGGCGAACAGAGUUUUUAAAUAUAUUCUUCAAAGGAAAGAUUUUGGCGCCUAUAUAAUAACAGACUGGACUAGUGGACUUCGUCGUGCAUAAAUUUGGUAAGGAUAUGUGUAUAAAAAAGAACAUAAAGUGUGCUGUGCUAUGCUGCAGAAAUACUGUUCAGUUUAUAAAUAUGCCUUGUGGUAUAUCGUUGCUACCUCUUGCAGAUAUUGCGUCAGUCAUUAGCAAUGUGAUUUUUUCUUUUCAGACCGAUAAUUCGAAUUUCGUAGCGAAAAGAAGAGAUGUUUUCAACGUUGAGUAGCUAUAUUUGGUCAAGUGGUUCUGAGGACCAAACAGUGCCAGAUAUAAGCGAAGAUAUUUUGCUAGAACAACGAGGCGAAGACGAGUGGAUUUUAGUUGAUUUCGUGAACGAGAAGACGAAGACUCGGUCAGGUAUGACGGCGAGGACACGCCAAGAAAUUUACUCAUGCAAUGUUUAAGAUGCCCAAAACCCUUCCCAUUUAUUUAACUUUUUAAAAAUAAGGCUUUACAUGUAAUUUUUAGGCAAUUUCUGUUUAGUAUAGGAAACGUAUUGGCUGUAGUAUAGCGAAAGUACUCAUGAUGUUUUUCCGUUUGACAGAUGAAAUUGAAACGGUGCAACGUAAACAAACCCCAGAGCCUGUCCCACAAAGCAUCGAUAUUUUAGAAGAAAGUUGGUAUGUUACACCACCUUCGUGUUUUAAUGCGAGCCAAGGAGACUCGCUAAGCUUGCAAACAAGCCCUUUGGAGAAUUUGCUCAUAGAACACCCUAGUAUGUCUGUAUAUGGAGGCCCAGCUGAAGGUUGGUUAGCUGUGGAGCAAAGCCCUGCUGAGGAAACCCCUCAAGACGAAGAACCGAGUGAGACAGCGGUUGAAACACGACCUCAUACGCACCGAAGAGCUGUAAGAACGGUGGAUAAAGCCGAGGAACUAUCAAGACGGGUGCAGAAAAACGUUUUAGAUCAAACUAAGAAGCAAUAUCGAAAGAAAAAACUACAAACGCAAAACCAAACGCACGUACGCGUAACUCGUUCGCGUCGUAAACAAAAAAAACUUGACCGAAAACAGAGCAAGCAUAGUACCGUCUACAGCAACCGCGGUUGCUAAAAUAAACUUAGCGGUUAUAACUUUUUGGGUUUUUUCCACCGGUAGUUUUGGCUUGUACUUUUAAACCACAAGCAUUAUUAAUUUAGUUUGCAUAUUGGAGUAUUGUAUUUAAGUUUUAAGUUUGGGGGUUCGUGGGCUUUCCCUGAGUGUAUUAUAUAUAUAUAUUAUUGUAGAAUUUUGUAUAUUACAUGUGUAGACAAUUAUUUAUAAAACAUAACAAAAAAUAAUGUAUUCUAUUAUCAUGCACUUCAUUGCACAAAAUCGUUCGGAUGCAAUAUAAAUAAAAUUCUUUUUAAUAAUAAAAUGC